AAGGCAGUUGAAAAUAAGCUCGGGAUUGAAGUGGACUGAAUGAUUUAAUCAUGGCAACAUCUCAAAGAUGGAAACAGAUUUGUUUUCAGUUGCGCUUAAAGUCGACACAAUUAUUUAUUGUAGCCGGAUCCGUGUUAUUGGCCGUGUUAAUAUCCCUGAUUUGUAUUGGCAUCACAAUCCGUUAUGAGGUGGAAUACGAGGUGGUCAAUCUAUCAGAUGUGGAUUACUGGAAGGAUCAAGUGUCGCCGGAACAGAAAUUCUGGUACGACAAGGGAAUCCAGGAAUUGCAACAGGCAAUGAGAAUUUACUCCAAACAGAGUAAGCCCAAGAAUGUAUUAAUUCUCUUGGUUAAUGGCAUCGAUGGCAGAGCUUUGGCAGCAGCUCGUUUCCCUGGCGAAAAUAGCACCAAGGAGCAUGCACACUUCGUGUGGGAUCAGUUCCCGCAUCUGGCGCGGAUCAAGAACAGUUGCAGUUACAAUUCACCCUGCGAUAUGUCCAGUGUAUCCCGAGCACUCUGGUCAGGAGUGCCCCUAAAAGCCGGCAUUAGGAAUAGUACCAGCCAAAUCAUGUCUAGAAACUGCAGUCGAUUGGAUCAAUUCCAUAGUAUACUUCGCCAGGCUCAACUUGCGGGUCUACGCACAGGAUUUGUGACAAAUCAAAGGAUAACGGGAGCAACUGGAGCAGCUCUUUACGCUAAUGUGGCUGAAACGAGUUGGGAAUGCGAUGGCUUAAUGCCUUUGGGCAGCAUCGAGGCGGGCUGCGAGGAUGUGGCCCUACAAUUGAUCUCGGGCGAGACGGGACAAGCCCUCAAUGUCGUAAUGGGCGGCGGACGACAGUUGCUGAGUGCCAAAGUUCCAAUUUAUACUUGGGAUCCCUUAGACGAGCUGCUGUGCCGCGCCAGAAAUGGACGCAAUUUAUUACGCGAUUGGAGAAAUCUGAAGUUGAAGUUAAGACCUCGAAAGAGAUUCGAGGUAGUGCAACAUGAAAAAGAGCUCAGUUCGAUUAAUGCCACCAACUUGGAUUAUUUGAUGGGUGUCCUUGCUAAUGGAGAUCUCACUGCGAAUUCUCAAGCUCCCAGUUUAAAGUUGAUGCUCAAUAAAACCCUGGAGGUGCUCAGACGUUCAACUGUGAGGCAUCUGUUGAUUUGGGAGCAUUUUGUGAGGCCAGAAAUGAAUGCAACACGCGAGUUAAGACUACUCAAUGAGACACUCUCCACUUUGUUGGGUCAAAAGAAUACCUUGACCCUUGUACUCCUUACCAAUGGCAAUUAUUUGAGUCCAAGUCGCGAUGUGAGCGGAGAAACGGAUUUAACAAGCACUUUAGAUGAGACAUUCAAUCAGUCGGAGCUGCAACUGCAGCUGAUAUUGCAACAGAUGUCUUCGGAGAGUCUGCUCUUUGCUCAGGGACCCAAGUCUUUACUGUUCUAUGGAGUCCACGAAGAAACUUACCUGGCUCAGGCUUUGUCCUAUGCUCUGGGACUGAAUGCAUUUGGUAAUCAGCUGUAGCUUAAAAAAUCUUUAGAUUGUACUUACAUUUAGUUAUCUUACACUAUAAGUAACGUUAUGUAGAUAAGAUAAUCGCUUAGAUAUCUGUCAUUAAAAUAGUAAUAAUCUUGUAUUAUACCAGUGUAUUUUGUAUAACAAGAUGAUGAAAAUCUGCAACACUUUAAAAUAUAUAUUCUUGAUCACUA